AUGGACCACAGAUUGUUUGAUGCAGCUCUUACAGGAAACAUAACAACACUUAAGUUGCUGCUUCAAGAGGAUCCUCUGCUUCUCGAGCGUCUCUCUCUGUCGUCUCCAGAGAAUCCUCUCCAUGCCGCAGCCUUCUCCGGCCAAGCCACCUUCACUGCAGAAAUCUUGCGUCACAAGCAAGGUUUAGCUCUGGAGCCGAAUCUGCAAGGGUUUAGCCCUCUCCAUAUUGCUUCAGGCUCAGGGAAGAUAGAAGUUGUGAGAGAGCUCCUACGUGUUGGCCGGAAACGUGAUGUCUGCUUCCUGAAGGACAAAGACGGUUUGAUUCCUCUUCACUGCGCAGCGCAGAGAGGAAGAGUCGAGGUCAUAAAAGAGCUGGUUUCGGAUUUCCCUGAAUCUCUCGAGGAAGUAACUGCUUCUCUUGAGACCCCUCUUCAUGUUGCUGUUAAAAACAAUCAAGUGGAAGCUACAAAGUUGUUGCUGGAAGAGAUCAAGAAUCGUAACAUGUCUCGAGGGAUCGUUAACCUGGAAAAUCGAGAAGGCAAUACAAUUGUGGAGAUGUUGAUUGGUGAGGAAGCAAUACUACCCGGAUCGGUAGAUGCAAAUAGAGAAAACAGAAACUGGUUAACACCAAAGGAUAUUCUCGACGUGGUGAUUGAAACCGAAGGAGGAAGUGUUUCUGAAAUGUACAAGGUUGUUCAAAUCUUUCAAACAGCCGAAGCAAAGAACGCAAGGGAAAGACGCAAAAACCCUAAACCAAUUCGGCAUAGUAGACUUCCUUGCCGUAUGAUAAAGAAUUUUAUACACUACGAGAUCACUAAUUCCACACUUGAACAACGCGAAGUUCUGUUGAUUGUUGCAACACUCAUAGCCACACUUACAUUCACUGGAGUCCUCCAGCCUCCAGGAGCUUUCAAGAGUGAAGAUUCUAAUGGUGGUUCUGGCUCACAGAACAGUACAACAACAGCACCUGCUCGAGUCAUAAACACCAUUUUCGGUGCAAGGAACAGCACUGCAGGACAAGCAAUCAUGGCGAGCAGCAGACCCCUUGAGUUCACUCUCUACGCUGCCUUCAACGCGGUUGGGUUCUUGGCUUCGGUUACAAUGAUAUCGCUGCUCACUAAAGGGUUCCCUUUGAGGAAUUGGAUGAGGCUUUGCAUCAUCUCGCUUGUGGCUAUUUAUCUGAUUGCUAUAUUCUAUAUAGCUCCAGAUGAGGAUAUAUUUUGGGUGGUGAUUCUAGGUGUAUCGUCUCUCUUGGUUCUUCGUGAGCUUUAUCUCUUCAUCGAUUCAUUGAUUAAAGGUUUUAAGACUGCAAAGCGUCUCAUGAUUUCUUCUUAA